AUGACCGGUGUCAUGUCUGCACCGGCUGAUCAUCAGGAUGAAUUGGCAGAAAAGGAUCAGAAACAGCAACCCAGUCACGGAGAAGGAAGUAGCUCACCAAAUAUACUUCCUAUAGUGGCUAAAGAUGAUCUCAAGAAAUCUCAUGACUUGGAGAAGCAGCAGGAAUCGCUCCCUGGUGAAGAAUUCAUGCCGCAAGAUGUAGUGGACAUGCCGACCGAGCACGUUUCCGACAAAGGCUUUGCACCGUGGAUUUUUGUGCUGAGUGCUCACCUCGCCAUCAUGGAUAGUUGGGGCGUGGUCAACUCCUACGGUGUCUUUCAGCCAUACUAUAUGACUCUGCUAGAUCGAUCCCCUGACGACGUUUCUUGGAUCGGAUCUAUGGAAGUCUUCUUUCUCUUCUUUCUCGGCUUUUUCACAGGCCGUCUAACAGACGCCGGUUACUUUCGCCACCUAUAUAUCACUGGGUCCUUUUUGCUCUGUCUUGGCGUAUUUAUGGCUUCUCUGUGUACUAAAUACUGGCAGUUCCUCUUGGCUCAAGGUAUUUGUAUUGGUCUUGGUAACGGCCUGCUUUUCACGCCUUGUAUGACCAUCGCAGGAAGCUACUUCAAGAAGAAACGAUCUCUAGCUUUUGGAAUUAUUGCAGCAGGCAGUGUUACGGGUGGUCUUGUAUUCCCCAGCAUGGUGAGACAAUUGCUUCCUAGGAUAGGGCUGCCGUGGACACUGAGAGCAAUUGGCUUUAUCCAACUCGGCACUCUCAUCAUUGCUGGGAUAUUUCUCCAAUCGCAUGCUCAACCUCGACAUUCGUCAGGGCCACUGUUCGACUUGGCCACCUUCAAGAAGCUAGAGUACACAUUCUAUGUGAUUGGCGCUUUCAUGGCUUUCUGGUCGUCCUUUUUUGCCUACCAAUACAUUGCUACCUUCUCGCGCGACAUUCUAGGUCAGUCAUAUCCUUCAUCUUUGGACUUGAUCCUUAUUCUUGGUGGUGCGGGUGGUCCCGGGCGGGUUAUCCCAGGCUACUUUGGAGACAAAGUUGGUCCUGUAAAUCUCUAUCUAUUCUGCACGCUUGUCACGGGCGUCAUAACAUUUUGUUGGGCGGCGGUUCAUACCGUAUCAGGCAUGUAUGCCUGGACAGUCUUCUACGGUAUCACGAUAGGCGGUGUCCAGAGUCUCUUUCCAGCUGGACUACUGAGUCUAGCUGAUGAUCCAAAGGAACAGGGGACCAGGAUUGGUAUGGCUUGUACUGUUGUCAGCUUUGCUACGUUGACGGGAGCCCCGAUCUGUGGAGCUAUUAUCAGGACCCAAGGAGGAGAGUACAUUGGGGCGCAAAUUUUUGCUGGUUUGUCUCUUGUGACCGCAUCGAUAUUCCUCUUUUUGGCGAGAUGGAUUAGACUACGCGACUUGGGCUAUGCCGCCUUUGCGGCCGUGAGAUUGUAA